AUGUUCACCAGGCCACCAAAACCCAAAACGGUUCGUACAAGAAGUACUGUUCGCCCCUUCGAUCCCCUACCUGACAGGUCAACAAAUGCGGGAAAAGAUAGCGACCAGGCUGAAGAUUCAAGUGACGAGGCUGAAGACUUUGAUCACGAGGCUGAAGAUUGGGGGGGCGAGGCCGAAGACUUGGGUAACAAUCAGGCUCCAGAAGAUCACGAUGGCACCCAGGAAGCAACAGGACGGUUUCAAUACGGAAAUCCAGCUCAGGAUGUUUUACUUGCAUCAUCCGGAUUGACCAUUACUCCAGCUGAGGCCGCUUUGAUUGCAUCACCCGGGUUGACCAUACCCGAAAACGCCCCACACGAUGUAAAUCCGAGCCUCUUCUACCCUGGUUCAAGCCUUUCCCACCCUAGACCGCCUAUCAUUAGCAACCAACCCGACCAGAAACACAUUGAGGAGGUAACAGAGGAAUACUCCAACUUUUUAAGGAAAUUGACUAUAUCUCGAGAUCGGACAGAAGCUAGCAACUUUGAGGCCGAGAGACUCUUGGCGAUUGCUGCGAACCCAAAGACACUCGCAAAGAACGAAAAUACGGAACCACAUCGGCCGCAGUUGAUCGUUCCCCCCCAACACGGAAACCACGCUCUUGAAGACUACCAGAUGCAGCUUAUGCUUCUAGAACAACAGAAAAAAAAACGAGAUCUCAUGGUGUCACAACACUCAAAAUCUUUGGCUUCUGGCACUCCUGACAUGAAAUUCGACCCCAUUCUAGCACCCCCAGGAAUGCCCCCGCAAUUCUACCCCCAGAACAUGAGCCCGGGCCCCAACAGCAACCCCAUGAUGCGGCCUCCAAGCUCACAACCGAAUGGCGGUCCCCAUUCCAAUAUACAACAACCACCCAUGUAUGUCUUUCCAAACACAUAUCCAACUCAGCCAACAGGAACAUCGGCGCAGAUUCACGGUAAUACCGGCGAAUCAGAGCUCGUCAGCCGGCUUUUGAGACGAAUCGAUGAUCUGGAGAGAGGUCUUAGAACAUCAGAACAUCCGCCAGUGCAAGGUCCCAGCACUCCCCGCUUCCAGAUACUUCAUGUGUUAGAUGACUUUCCAAAAACUGUUUGCCUUGAAGAACCAACUUGGACUUUCGGGAUAGAGGCCGGACUGAAGCUUAAAGCGGAGUCACCACUAAUGAAUCUGGACACCUAUCUCCGGAAGAAUGAUGAUAUAUCUUUCUUAGUGUAUAAGACGUACAAAACACCGAGAGUCAGCGCUUCCGACCUUGUAGAAAGCAUAGAAACAGGUGUACUACCUGCCCCAGAACCGUCAUAUGAGUCUAUUAGAAUCAUGUCCGAAGAGCUGAGGAUGGCCUUGGCAAUCUUUCUCAAAUCCGCUUGCUCACUUGAAGAGGAACAACUUGACCUUUUCUUGUACGACAUACCGGCUCCCUACUUGUUUUGGUAUCGUGGCAGAUCAAAAAGACAGACCUUGUUGCAUCAGCUUCCCAAGCAGCAAGCGCAUCUGGAGCUACUUUUUGAUUGUAUUGAGCGCAAUUACGCCACGAAGUUCGACCAAUUCCACGAGAUGAUAUCUCGUGGGCGCAUUUCCCAUGCAUUUACCGAAUAUCUGUUCUUCCCAGGCGACGUCGUCAUUAAACAGGAUGGCGAUAAGACUAAAGCCUACCAGUUGCAAGGCAUGCCGAAACGAGAGAAGGUGUCCGGACGUACUCAUCAUUCGCAAGAAUUUGAGAAAUCGUCUCAUGCAAGUCCGAGGGCCAACGGGCGAACUAGGGCUAAUGAAGCAUGGAUUUGGGAAAUUUCAUGUUGGACCAUCGUGUACGAUGGCCAGUUUUAUCGCCAAAAUGAAAAGCUCGCCCUUAAAUUGGUUGCUGAGAGUCACAAUGAAGAAGUCGACAUCGCUGAGCUGACAGUAGUUCCCCUACUGUUCGACGGUGAGCGAUACGUAAUCGACAACGAAUCAUAUAAGAAGCUCCACCUCGAGAAGGAAAAAUCGAAACGGAACCAAGAAACUACGGUUACAGGUAGUAGCAUAAACAGAAAGCCAUUGUUUGUAGAAGGAAUGGAUGACGACGAGCCCCCUCAAGCACCCUACGUAUACCUGUUUCCACCAACGGUACCUGGAUUCUCUUUACGUCGCAAAGAGUGGAGUAUGUAUUGCCGUAUCGAUCUGGUGGUCGACAAAAUAGUCGACGUUUCAUGGAACAAAGAAGCCUUCAAGCAUCUAGUCGCCGACGACAAGACAAAGGAGCUUGUUCAAGCCCUUGUGGCUAGCCGGAUUUCUAGCGAAAGAAACACCGAUCUUAUCCAAGGAAAAGGCAAUGGGCUCAUCAUCCUUCUUCAUGGAGGUCCUGGCACUGGCAAAACCUUCACCGCAGAGAGCGUUGCUGAGCUGGCCGAGAAACCGCUUUAUCCCGUAACAUGUGGCGACAUUGGUACCGAGCCAGAGCAAGUCGAGCAAUAUCUAGAAUCAGUAUUAUAUUUAGGCAAACUCUGGGAUUGUGUCGUGCUUCUUGAUGAAGCUGAUGUGUUCCUCGAGGAGCGAGGAAUAGCUGAUCUAGCACGCAAUGCUCUCGUCUCAGUUUUUCUCCGUGUACUAGAGUACUAUGACGGUAUUCUUAUCCUCACGUCCAACCGCGUCGGCACAUUCGAUGAAGCUUUCAAAUCCAGGAUCUCACUUGCCCUGCACUACCCCAAUUUCGACCAGCCGCAACGCUGCCGUAUCUGGAGGAACUUUCUAAACCGCUUGAAAGCACUAAAAGAGCCGGAUAUCGACUUCGACGAUAUUGAAUGGAACAUACCAAAAUUGGCGAACGAAGAUCUUAAUGGCAGGCAAAUUCGCAACGCGAUCACGAUCGGGAGGCAACUCGCAAAGUUUCAAAAGAAAGAGUUGUCGUACGCGCAUCUGAAGCAUGUCGUUGAGGUAGCUGGGCAAUUUGAGACGUACGUCAAAGUGACAAAGGAGAAUUUGUCGGGUGAGGAGAUUGCUCGGGCUGCUGGACUCCGGUAGUGACCGAGAGAAGUCUUGCUCAAAUUGUUUCCAUCAAGCACACCAACUGGAAGUUCGCUUGAUUGUGCGAAGGGAAUUGUAGUACGCAGGGUCGCGUCCUUGAAGUCAGACGGUCCGACGUGUAGGAGUCAUAGCGAUAGAGUAUCGGCGAGGUAGUGGUCAGGCCCA